GUAAAGAAGUAGCCGUCAAGUUGGUCUUUCGUCUCUCUGUUUCUGAUUCGUCUUCUUCUUCUUCUUCUUGGUUCUCCUUCUCUAUCACUUGAAGAAACACAAAGAAAGAUCCAUCCGACAUGUCUGAGGUUUCAGCUUCUUUGCUUCCUCUGAACUCCAUGGAUUUCUAGCACUUGAAACUCGAGUUCUUGUUGUCAUCUCAGAUGGAUCAGACCCGGGUUUCUCGACUUCUGUGCAGAGCAGAGACCGGAAGACUUGUGCUUCUGAUAGUAGUUGCGGCUUCUGCUGUGUUAGGCCUUCAGUAUUCCGGCCGGCCGUACAGACAGUUCUUGAACUCGUUUCUUGUUUCAACUGGAAAUGUUUCGGUUUCCGCAACGAAUGAAUCAUCAGAAGCUCCGGAAAACGGUACACAGAAGAUUACAGGUUCUGCAGUUUCGGUUCACGGGGCAGAAUCCAAUGAUGACAGAGUUCAUCCCGGAAACGCUACUUUUCUUGUAGUACAAGAAACGUUGUCUGCUUCUAAACCGUAUAACAGCACAAACGUGUCGCAGAGUUUAGACCAGAAGCCUGUGAAUGGAUCUUUGAGACAUGUUGAAGAUAAGGAAGAGGCGUUUGGACGAAAUGGAGGCAACGAUACUGAAAGUACUCAGCUUUUUUAUCGAGCUAAGGUUCCUAAAGACGGCAAGAAACAGACGAGGAGCUUCAAGAAGCCACCUUCCAAGGUCAUAUCGAUAACCCGGAUGAAAGAUAUGCUGCAAAAGAGGCAUAGUUCCCAGAAUUCGCCGGCACCUCGUUGGGAAUCAAAAGUGGACAAAGAGCUUGAAUCUGUGAAAACACAGAUCAAGAAUGCUCCACUUGCCGAUGAUGAUGCCCUUUACCCGCCUCUUUACAACAAUCUAUCCCUCUUCAAAAGGAGCUACGAGCUAAUGGAGAAGACGCUGAAGGUUUACAUAUAUUCAGAAGGGGACAGGCCGAUAUUUCACCAGCCAGAAGCAAUGAUGGACGGAAUAUAUGCGUCGGAAGGAUGGUUCAUGAAGCUGAUGGAGAACAGCAAGAGAUUCGUCACGAAAGAUCCGGGAAAGGCUCAUCUCUUCUACAUUGCUUUCAGUUCAAGAAUCCUUCAGCAGAAACUGUACGUUCGGGAAUCUCAUAGACGGAGAAACAUGGUUCAAUACCUCAGAAACUACGUCGAUCUCAUCAGAUCAAAGUACCCUUUCUGGAACCGUACUGACGGAUCCGAUCACUUCUUUGCCGCUUGCCACGAUUGGGCUCCUGCAGAGACAAGAGGGCCAUUACUGAGCUGCAUAAGAGCACUCUGCAACGCCGAUGUGGGGUCAGACUUCGUCAUCGGAAAAGACGUUUCUCUGCCGGAGACGAAGGUAUCUUCGCCGGAAAACCCUAACGACGGCGUCGGAGGAAACCGUCCCUCGAAGCGACCGAUUCUGGCUUUCUUCGCCGGGAGCUUGCACGGCUACGUCCGACAGAUCCUCCUCGACUACUGGACCUCGAAACCGGACCCGGACAUGAAGAUCCUGAACAGGGUCGAUCACAAAUCGUACGUUCGGUUCAUGAAACGGAGCAGAUACUGCGUUUGCGCAAAAGGGUACGAAGUGAACAGCCCCAGAGUGGUGGAGUCCGUACUGUACGGAUGCGUGCCGGUGAUAAUUUCCGACAACUUCGUACCUCCGUUUCUGGAGGUUCUUGAUUGGGAAUCAUUUGCGGUGUUCGUGCCGGAGAAGGAGAUUCCUAAUCUGAAGAAGAUACUUUCGAAGAUUCCUAAGAGGAAGUAUGUGGAGAUGCAGAGGAGGGUGUUGAUGGUUCAAAAGCAUUUUAUGUGGCAUGACCAUGAACCGGUUCGGUAUGAUCUGUUCCAUAUGAUUCUCCACUCGGUUUGGUAUAACCGGGUCUUUCAGACUCGCUAGUCAGAUUAGAUCUUGAUUUGGUCAUUAUUUUUUUUUCCUUUUUUAGUUUUCAUUUCUUUGAAUGUGUACUUAAUAUUUGGCAGAGAAAAUGGUACAUUAAAAUUAAUAUAUAAUUAGUUAAGAAA